GAACCAUUUAGACUUCAUUCGGGACACCGCUGAGACUAGCAGAUCUCUACUGGAUAACACACUGAACACACAGGAAUAAAACAACACUCGAACUGCACAGAAAACAAAUUCCGUGGAGAGACUGAGGAUCUUAUAAAAAAAAAGCUUUACAAAACACCAGCUCGAGUCUGAAGGAUAAAACAAUAUUAUUGAGCACUGUAUAUAUAGCCUAGAUAUUGAGAUGUUGUAAACACUCCGAACACAGCAGGCAGGUGAGGGGUGGCAAUGUGUAGCAUUUCUGACGAUCUGGAUGUUCCGACUCAUCAGAUCUGAACAACUCUGCAAGCUGGUGUGCUGCUACCUUUCCCCCUUUUUCCAGAGCGAGAAACACUGUUCUUGAGAAACGUGAAACAUGUGAAGAAGCAUAUCUAUCAAAAACCUUCCUACACCAGUAACUUUCCCUGAGGGAUGGUACUGAAGUUUCAUACAUUAGGAGCCCCAUUUCAGCUCCCCGUGAAGAAUUUUCUCUUAUUUUUAGUCAAAUCUAAAUUAAAACGAAAUGAGGACCACAACUUGUUAUUUGCUGAUCUCUUCGUUCUACCUAUGGUUCGCCUUUGCCGAGGAAGCAGAGAUUCCCCAAGAACUUAUUGAAAAACUGUCUCACAGCGAAAUCCGCAGCAUAAGCGAUCUGCAGCGCCUCCUUGAGAUUGAAUCCGUAGGAAACGAGGUUGUAGCAGAAUCAAAGACGAGAUACCACAAGGAUCAUUCUUCAAGCCAUGUGGACAAGCACGCCCAGAUAUUAAUAAGAAGAAAACGAAGCAUUGAGGAAGCAGUGCCCGCGGUGUGCAAGACGCGGACAGUCAUCUACGAGAUCCCUCGCAGCCAGAUCGACCCGACUUCUGCCAACUUUCUGAUAUGGCCGCCUUGUGUGGAGGUGAAGCGCUGCACUGGCUGCUGCAACACAAAUAAUAUGAAAUGCCAGCCAUCGCGGAUACAUCACAGAACAGUGAAGGUUGCAAAAGUGGAGUAUGUGAGGAGAAAACCUAAAUUAAAAGAAGUACUGGUGAGGUUAGAAGAGCACUCAGAAUGCAUGUGCACGUCACAGCAUUACCACACAGAGCUCAAAGAAGCAGAAACAGGAAGGACUAGGGCCACAGUUAUAAAAUGGAAACGCAAAAACUUAAAACGCAACAAGGAUUUAUUACCAACAUAAAAACAUGCCUGGGACCUGUCUGCUGCAAAGCAGAUGUGAGGUGAAAAUAAACUAACUGAAGGACUGCUCUCUGGGGUCUGAUGUGCUUCGACAUUGAAUCCCUGAACUGAUCUGCCAAAGAUGCUUUCUGACAAUUCUUCUGAAAUGUGAAAACGUAAAAAACCUGUUUGCAGAAACACGUUACUGUGGAAGAACCAAAGGAACAACGUGCGUUUGUUUUAUUGUGACAUAAAAAAGAAGCAAGCACUGUGCGAUAAACGAACGGAGGGUUCGUAACAGCACAGCGAGUGAAGCAAGGACCAACAACGGAGCGGCCAGAGCUGCUUUCUGACCCCAAUUCUGGCUGCUCUCUAAAGGCUCUGGUUGACUUUGUGAGCUGUGGAUUAAAAGCCAUUUGGAAUCUGUUGACAUGCUCUGGAAAAUUCUAGCACGGUGGAUUGAAUCUUCGUUGGAAGCUUUAUACAGUAGUCAGUUGUGUCAGCAAAAAAAGCUUUCCUAUAACCUUUGUUUAACCUUCAUUAUUUGGUGGAAAACAUGUACUUUUCUUACAGAAGACUGCACGUCCUACUUCACGCAGUUACUGCUUCUGCUAUUAACAUUUAUGAACUGUUUAAAGACAGCGCAUUUCCUUAUAGUAUUUGUUUUGCAUAUUGAUUUUAAUAAUUUAAAGCAUUCAUGUAAAUAUAAUACAGAACAAAUCACAGGAUAUCCACAAUUCUUUUUUUUUUAAUUUCACAGAUGUGCUAUGUGAAAUGUAGAAAGUCUGGACUAGGUGCAUUGUUCAAUGUAAAUUGUAGCCACACAAUUACUGUAUUUGAAAAACAAUCUAAAUUCUUUAUUUUUGGUAAAAUAUUAUGCUUACAUAUAUUCAACAAGAAAUAUGUUUUGUAUUGGUGAAAUGUUUGUAUUUUUAUCUAAAGAUAAUUCAACCACAUUUUUUUUUAAAUGUAACCACAGUAAAAUAUUUGUUUGCUUUUCCUGAACCAAAACAGAAAUCCUAUUUCAGUUCUACAGUAUUUAACAUGUACAAUCUGAUGGAGAGGCAAAUAGGAGCUGUAAUACAAAGAAAAAGAAUCCAUGCAGACAUUUCUGUAAAACAGUGCUGUACUUCAGCAGGGUGUGCAGAGAACUCAAUUCAUUGCAAGCUUUGCAUUUUAAUUGAUGCGUGCAUUUGGAUUCAAUUUGUCUAAACCAGAAAAUCUGUGGUAUUUAAACUUUAUAAAAUUGGUGCUAAACUUUCUUGCAGAUUUUCAUGACAGGCUUCUUUUUGACCUGCAUUCUGCUCAUUUCUCAGCUACAGAUUAUAAUGCUAUCUGUGACUGGUAUGAUGGUAAAUGACAGAGGUAUGCAAAGCCCAUAUAUCUGUCAUUUUCAGACACCUUGGAAGAAAAAAAUAAUUUAUGUAUUUAUGUUUUCAAUAAAUAUAUUUCUGCUUCAUUAAACUUUAUAUAAACUAAUUUAUUUUGGGUCUUUUCAACCACAGUUUUUUCACAGAAGCAAUACAUUUGACUACACACGAACAUUUACAAACAAGAGGAGGCCAUUCCUUAGUAGAUGAUUGAUCUCAAACUUUGUCAAGUCGGGUCUCAAAGAAUCCCAGUAAUUCAGCAUCAACAACAUGACUAGGUAACCCAUUCCAUCCCCUCACCACUCUCUCUGUGAAGAAGUGUCCCCUUCCCGCUGUCCUAAAUCUCUCAGAUUCCUUUCCAGCUGUUUACCUGUCCUGGUCUCUGUGCUGCCCUUAAAGUAUUGGUUACAGUUAACUUUGUGAUUUUGAAGACUUCAGUCAAGUACCCCUAAUUCUUUGUUCCAGACAAACCA